ACCAACACCUGUAAUCAUAUUGCUUCCGAAAUCAUUUAAGAAAAUUAAGCAUCUUUUUGUCUUCUUUCAAAACUUUAAACAAUCCAAAACAAGAGAGGGAAUAGAAGGUACUAAAAAAGAAGAAGAUGGCUUACAUUGAUUUUGUGUUUAAGGUUUCUAGUUUGGCUCUUUUUUUCAUCAUCGGCACAACAAGUCGACCAACCACUGUGCCAAAAGUAUUCGACGUUCGAAGAUAUGGUGCUAAAGGUAACGGUAAAACGGAUAACACCAAGGCGUUCACAAAUACAUGGAAGAAUGCAUGCACAUGGGAUGGACCGAGCAAAAUGUACAUACCAAAUGGAAGAUUCUAUCUUGGUGGUGUAUCAUUUGUAGGACCGUGCACUAGUAAGAUGAUUUCAUUUGUCAUUGAUGGAACUUUGUUGGCUCCUCCGAACAACAAUGACAUUAAAAAAGACACGUGGAUCAAUUUUCGCUACAUCGACUAUCUCACAGUUACCGGCAGUGGCACCAUCGAUGGUCAAGGAAAAGAGUCUUGGUUACUAAAUGACUGCCAAAAGAAUAUGAAUUGUCCUAAACUUGCUAUAAAUAUGGGAUUUGAUUUCGUAAAUAAAUCAAGGAUGGAAGGGAUAACAUCACUCAACAGCAAAGCAGGGCACUUUAAUUUCUUCUCUGUUGAUCAUUUUAACAUCACAGGAGUACACAUAACAGCUCCCGGCGAUAGUCCCAACACUGACGGCAUCAAAAUAGCUUUAUCAAGCAACAUACAAAUCUCAAACACUCACAUCAGCACUGGAGAUGAUUGUAUAGCAAUGCUCUCUGGAAACACCAAUUUUGAUAUCUACAAUGUCACAUGCGGUCCAGGACAUGGGAUAAGUGUUGGAAGUUUGGGAAAAGAUAGAAAUGAGAAGAACAUCAACGGCUUAACGGUUAGGGAUACAAUAUUUACUGGUACGUCCGACGGUAUUCGGAUCAAGACAUGGGAAUCUUCGGCUUCCACGAUUGCAAUUUCCAAUUUAGUUUAUAAGAAUUUACAGAUGAUUGAUGUUGGAGCUCCUAUCAACAUUGACCAGAAGUAUUGUCCUUAUACAUCCUGCCAGAAAUUGGGAGAUUCUCACAUUCAGAUCCAAAACGUGACACUAAAAAAUAUUUGGGGAACAUCAAGGAACAAAGUGGCUGUGAAAUUUCAAUGUAGCAAAAGUUUUCCUUGCAAAAAUGUUCACUCAAGUGACAUUAAUUUAAAACACAAAGGAGUCGACGGUCCUGCAAUCACGUUGUGUGAAAACAUUAAAGGUUCUGCUACCGGCAAGAUGAUUCCUCCUCAUUGCUUGAAUUGAUUUUGUCAAAACAAGUCGUUUUGUUGUAUUUUGAUAUUUUCGUGAUAGCUGUGGUGUGUUUAUGCAUGCUCUAGUUGUGAUGAAUGAU